AUGAUAGAUUACGUCCAGGAGAUCAUCUCUUCAAGAAAGGUUCGCAAGAUCAACUCCAAGUCCGAUCGAAACUUAAGAGAUCAUGAUAUGAUCACAGAAAGAGUCCAUAACAACGGAAUUAAAAUUGAUUUUGUUUCUGAAUACAUUGACAGGAAAUUUGGACUUCAUGUCACAACGGCCCCAUUAUUGGCUUUUGCUGCAGAAAUGUCAAACAAAUAUUGCAUCAAGCUAGACAGAUUGGCAAAAAGAAAUCGUGAUGCCCUUCUUUGCUGGUAUUCAGAAAACUGGGAUACAGUUUUUCCACAUCUCAAUGAUAUAGCUAUUUAUCUCCCAAAGUGCAAGAUUCAGAAUUUUACAAAUUCAUCCGAGAUUCAAAUCGAAUCUAGAUACUUAAUGCACAAUAUGGAUGUACAACACUUUGAUCCAUCAGACCUCACCCAGCUUUUGAAUUAUCAUUAA